AUGGGUUUCAUUGAUUUUGUUAACGACACUGCCUUUGCUGCGCUUGACAGCUGGGUUCGAACUCGCUCAUACAUCACUGGAUAUGCGCCAUCUCAAGCCGAUGUAGUUACCUACAAGGCCAUUUCAACUCCUCCAGCUGUCGAGCAAUUCCCACACGCUUACAGAUGGUACAACCACAUCAAAUCAUACGAGAGUGAAUUUUCUAGCCUGCCAGGUGACCCUUCCAAAUCAUUCACUACAUAUGGGCCAGAAGUCAGCCAGGCGACCAUCAACCCUGCUAAAGCUCCAGACGCCGAGGAAGAGGAGGAAGUCGAUCUAUUUGGCAGCGAUGAGGACGAGGAGGAGGAUCCAGAGGUCGUCGCCGAACGCGAGAAACGACUUGCGGAGUACAAGAAGAAGAAGGAGGGCAAGACCAAGCCUGCCGCCAAGUCGAUCGUGACAAUGGACGUCAAACCAUGGGACGACGAGACCGAUCUGGAACAGCUGAAGGCGAGCGUCCUGAGUGUCGAGAUGGAUGGUCUUGUUUGGGGUGCUAGCAAAUGGGUACCAGUCGGCUUCGGUAUCAAGAAGCUGCAAGUCAACUUGGUUGUCGAAGACGACAAGGUCUCUCUGGAUGAGCUUCAGCAGAAGAUCGAGGAGUUCGAAGACUAUGUUCAGUCUACCGAUAUUGCUGCUAUGCAAAAGUUGUGA